AUGCGGAGAAUGCUGACUGCCAAAAGGGCAUACGUAGUGGCUUCCAAGCAUCUAGAGACGAAUGAAAGACUUGGAUCGCGGCCCGAGAUUUUGCGGGGGAAGAAGCGCGGAGCCCGGGUUAACCUGUUGCCGAGGGAUCUGGAUUGUGGGGAAGAACCACAUGACUUGCUCCCCCCGGUAUUACGUGAUGAUGGUGAGGAUGUGGUCACGUGA